AUGACACGGCCUAUCUCUCCGACCGCGACCGCCCGCUCGCCGCUGGUUACGGCGAUGACCAGGCUCUCUCUCUCCGACGGCCGUUCGUCCCAGCUGCGGGGAGAGCGGCCGCCCACUCCACCCUGGCAUACUCGUCCGACGGAGAACAGCAAGUACUACUUCCCAGCGGGCACGCCGAGCCACCUUCGCCCGGAGGCUCUCAACCUUCCCAUCGAGGAGGAUGAUAUAUCUCAGCGCCCCGCUUCGCAGGCUGUUGCCGCUACGACGCCCUCCUCGCCUGUCAAGUUGGAGUCUUGCCAACAGGGACCUCCCUCGCCCGCGACCAAUUUUUCGGACGGUGGUUCGGUGGAGACUGACGACAAGGAGUUCCCUGCGCCUUCCCCUGUCGAUUGGCCGCCCCCGGGGGUAGGUAUCCCCUACCGCCUGCCUCCGUCUCCGGAUGGAAGGGACUUCGCCGACAAGGCGGUUAUGGCCGAAGACACUAGGGAUGUCGGUGUGCAGGUGAGGCCUCGCGUCUCGUUCAGUUCUGUGGCCACCGUCAAGCAGGCGGCAGCUACGGGUGGCCAUAUCAUUUCGCACACCCCCAUCACCGGGAGCCCUGCCAUCGGCGACUCGCGUAUUAUUCCGCUUAGUCCCCCCGUCGCCCCAUCCGAUAUUUCGCUCUCCGUUUCUAGACCCACGUCCGUACACCCGCACUCGGCCACGUCAGUCAAACACGAACCCGGUGUUGCAUCUGUUGGGGAAGUGGGUAGUACCGCUGUCCAGGGAGCGGCCCUUCCUAGUCCUCAAGUCUCUUACGGCAGUAAGCCCCCUUCUGUCGGUCCGGUGAACAGUAGCAACGCGCAGGCGGCCUCCGUCAUCGCCCCUACCCGCAUCAAUUCCUGCGCUCGCGCCGGCUCCUCCGUCCACCCGGCAGCUCUUGCCCCUGUCCAGGCCUCCACUACUGGUGCCGUGCGCCCCGCCCCCGUUGAGCCUUCCCUCACUUGUGUUGUGUGCCCCGCCCCCGUCGUGCGCCCCGCCCCUGUCGUGCGCCCCGCCCCCGUCGUGCAUCCUGCCCCCGUCGAGGCCUCGCCUACUCGUAUCGCGCCCUCCACCCGUGUCCUCUCACCCGUCCCUACUCCACGCGCACCGCUCGCGCGCGUGUUAUCUCCAGACAGCUUCGUCGAGAUACCCAGCGGUGCCGCUCUUCGCGAGACCGAAGCAUCUUCAUCGAGCGACGAUGAAGUAAAGUACUGGAGCGCCGUGGAUGACCCCUUCGCGCACGAGUCCCAGGACGAGGACGAGAACACUGCGACUGAAGCGGCGACGCCCGCUGCUCCCGUGGCCCCUCUCUCCACCUCCAUCGCCGCCAAUGGCACGGGCACGCAGGCACAGAACGGCCCCGGGAACAAUAACCGGGGCUAUCACUACAGCUUCUUCGGUGGAGAAGAAAUUAUAGUGGCCCCCGACCCGCCCCACGUCAUCCGCGGGAAGAGACAGUACAUCGUCGUCACGGCCGGCAAGCGUGUCGGCGUUUUCACUGACUGGGUGCAUGCGUCCCCCUCCGUCCUCGGGUGUCGCGGGGCGAUGUACCAGGGGUACAAGCUGUAUAGUGAAGCUGUCCAGGCGUACCAGGCAGCGAAGGCUCGCCGUCACGUCCGAGUCAUAACCGCGUAG